GCUUUUGAGGUCCAGAAACAUUACAGCUUGAGAGCACAAAUGGAACUAGAAAUACACCAGAGCUCUGCAAACGGCAAAGUGGCCCAUCCUCAGGAGCCUCACCACCCCUCUGAAAAGCCAGUUAUCCACUGCCAUAAAUGUGGGGAGCCAUGUAAAGGUGAAGUACUUCGUGUUCAGGCCAGACACUUUCACAUCAAAUGUUUCACCUGCAAAGUGUGUGGCUGUGACCUGGCCCAGGGAGGCUUUUUCAUUAAGAACGGGGAGUAUCUUUGCACCUUGGAUUACCAGCGCAUGUACGGGACCCGCUGCAACGGCUGCGGGGACUUUGUGGAAGGAGAAGUAGUGACAGCUCUUGGAAAAACUUACCAUCCAAGCUGCUUUGCCUGCACUGUUUGCAAGCGUCCGUUUCCACCAGGUGAUCGAGUGACCUUUAAUGGAAGGGACUGUCUCUGUCAGAUGUGUGCUCAGCCAAUGUCCCCUGGUCCAAAAGAACUGUCUGCCUCAAGCAAUUGUGCUGGCUGUGGAAGGGAUAUUAAAAAUGGACAAGCACUGCUAGCUCUGGACAAGCAGUGGCACCUUGGGUGCUUCAAGUGCAAGGCCUGUGGCAAAGUCCUGACUGGGGAAUACAUCAGCAAAGAUGGUGCUCCUUAUUGUGAAAAGGACUAUCAAGUUCUUUUUGGAGUCAAAUGUGAAGCGUGUCACCAGUUCAUUACUGGGAAAGUCCUAGAGGCAGGUGACAAGCAUUACCAUCCAAGCUGUGCACGAUGCAGCAGGUGCAACCAAAUGUUCACAGAAGGAGAAGAAAUGUAUCUGCAAGGUUCCACUGUCUGGCAUCCCGACUGUAAGCAAUCCACUAAGAGUGAAGAUAAGCUACGGCAUUCCUCAUCUGAGUUCUUUUAUCCAAAGAGUCUGGUUCUGCGCAGGCCACGCUCUGCAGAGCUGUUAUCACCACCUUGCAUAAUGAACUCUAUCAAAAAGCUAAGGCAGCCUACGAGAACAUCAUCAGAAAGCAUUUAUUCCAGACCAGGUUCCAGUAUACCUGGGUCUCCAGGCCACACUAUCUAUGCAAAAGUAGACAAUGAAAUCCUUGAUUACAAGGAUUUAGCAGCCAUUCCCAAAGUCAAGGCCAUUUAUGACAUUGAACGUCCAGACCUAAUAACUUAUGAGCCAUUCUACACUUCCGCCUACGAGGACAGACAGGAGAGACAGAGUCUUGGAGAGUCUCCAAGGACAUUAUCACCUACCCCUUCUGCAGAAGGCUAUCAAGAUGUUCGGGAUCGUAUGAUUCACAGGUCCACUAGUCAGGGCUCCAUUAAUUCUCCAGUGUACAGUCGGCACAGCUACACACCCACCAUGUCACGUUCACCUCAGCAUUUCCACAGACCUGGCAAUGAGCCGUCCAGCGGUCGGAACUCCCCUGUCCCUUACCGGCCCGACAGUCGCCCUCUCACUCCAACUUACGCUCAGGCCCCUAAACAUUUCCAUGUUCCAGAUCAAGGUGUCAACAUAUAUAGAAAACCACCAAUCUACAAACAGCAUGAUGCAGCUGCUUUGGCAGCACAGAGCAAGUCCUCCGAGGAUAUCAUCAAGUCCUCCAAGUUCCCAGCAGCUCAUGCACCAGCACCCAACGAGGUACCAAAGAUUGAGACAGACCACUGGCCCGGCCCUCCCUCCCUUGCAGCCAUAGGAGCUGACAUGAGGCGCAGAUCAAGUGGAAGAGAAGAAGAUGAUGAGGAGCUGCAGAGACGUCGGCAGCUGCAGGAGGAGCAGCUCAUGAAGCUCAACUCUGGCCUGGGACAAUUGAUAUUGAAAGAAGAGAUGGAAAAAGAGAGUCGGGAUAGGUCAGCCCUUUCUGCCAGUCGUUAUGAUUCUCCAGCACAUGCUUCAGCCUCCAAAACCUCUUCUCUCCCUGGCUAUGGCAAAAAUGGACUUCACAGGCCCGUGUCUACAGAUUUUGGUCAGUACAACAGUUAUGGAGAUGUGAGUGGUGGUGUGAGAGAUUUCCAGUCCCUUCCGGAUGGUCAUGUCCCUGGAAUGAGAAUGGACAGAGGAGUAUCUAUGCCUAACAUGUUGGAGCCAAAGAUUUUUCCAUAUGAAAUACUCAUGGUGACCAACAGAGGGCGAAAUAAAAUACUAAAAGAUGUAGACAGAACCAGGCUUGAGCGUCACUUAGCACCUGAAGUUUUUCAAGAAAUAUUUGGCAUGACGAUACAGGAAUUUGACAAGUUACCUCUCUGGAGACGCAACGACAUGAAGAAAAAAGCAAAACUCUUUUAAUCUCCCUUUAAACUAAUCAGCAAAACAGGAUGAGUAGAAUAUUUUAUCGUACAGUCCAAACCAUUUGGAAGAAACUGCUUAUCCACCAAAAAGGGAAAAUCACACCUCUGUACAAUUGAACAAGAUGAGAAUUUGCCCUCCUGGACCACGGGGAGAAAAUAUCUGGGCUCAGAAGCAACAGUGGUAGAUUUCAGAGGUGUCAGCCUUUUCAUGCUAAUAUACAAGAUAGGAAACUGUUCUGUUCUUCUCCCUCGGUGAUAUUCCUUUUACUUCACAAUACAAUGGACUUUAUUGCUAGAGCCAGGAAGUGCCCUUAGGAUGCCUUGUAGACUAAAGUAGUUGUAACCACUCCAAGAACUGGAAAAGAAAAAAUAUAUAUAUGUAUGUGUGUUUGUGUGUGUGUGCACAUGUAUUUAUAUCUCUCCAUCUAUCUGUGUGUGUAUGUGUAUAUAUGUGUAUAUAUUAUGGAGAGGAAGCUAGAUGGAUGCUCUGUAGUGAAAGAGAAGCCCUAUGUAACAUAGCCACAUGGUCACAUUAAGUCUUUCACACAACCAUUUCUUAAUUGGCACUCUUUUAAAAUGCCAUCUUCUUUGUGUGACACAAUCUGCCAAGGUGGGCACUCUGCUCAGUUUCGCUACGUACCAGUUGGAUUUCUGGAAAAUGGACUCCAUGUACUUGUAUAUAUUUGCUAGGGUAUUUGGAAGUGAAUUGCUGUGUCUGUUGUCAGUCUUCCCUCUUCCACACUUUCUGCUUGAAUUAAUAAGGCUGGAGCUUAACCAGUCAUAUGAAUAAUUUAGGAUCACUUAAGUAAUGGGAAUGUUGGAGAAGAAUCAGUUUUCUUAUAACUUAGUCCAGGAGGUGGGUGAAUAGUGGUGGGAAUGACAGAAUGAGAAAAUGUUUUUUUUUUUUAAGUGUGCCCUGGUUCACACCCAGAGAUUUUGGAACAGACUCCCUGCUGGUAAUUACUCAUCCAACUGAUCAGACUGCAGAGGAGUUGGAUGAUUUUACAUUAGCAGGGAAGAUGGUUCUCUGCAAGCUAACACAAAGAUUCAUCCCUCUGUGGGAGGAAUGUUUAUGAAUUAGAAGGUACCAUCAAGGUGCCGUGCUCUGCCAAUAGAGGCUUUUUGAUUAAAUUGCAGUUGCUGUUGUCAAUAUGGCACAGUGCAUGGGGCCAAGCACUCUUUUUAGUUACUGUAGUUUUUCACUUGUGCUUUAAAAAGACAGCACAGACUUUUUUUUUUUUUUUUUUUUUUUUUUCUCUUGAAGCUUCAAAGCUCCAGCCUUGGUUAUUUUUAUUUCCCUUUGUGCCUGACUUGGUUUGUAAAGACAGAGUAAUCAUGCAAGACAGUUUCUGAGCUGCAUUGAACUCCUUACUGCUUUCAGUCCUCUUCCAAUAUGCUGCAGCUUAAAAAACUGCCUGUAUAUACCUUAACUGCUUCUGGGCAAGUCCUAUGCAGAGGAGGACAUGAGCACCAAAGUAACUGAAUGAAUGCAUUGUGGCUGCAAGGUCAGCUUUUUCUCUCCAUUGGUGCUUCCCUGCCAAUGCAUACUGCACUAAGGAGCCCAUCCCCUGCCAGGGAGAGGGUCAUUCAGGUUCUCUGUCAACAAAUACCAAGGUUUCAUUUUUACUGUAGAAACUUUUGGCACUGAAGACGUCAGAACCUUUGUAUUUUCUGUUCUGUGAGAUGUUGGUGUUAAAAUGUGGAAGUCAGGAAGGGGAAACAGUCCUGUGUAGUUGUGAGAUUCAGUAGCACUGUGUUGAGGUCUCUGUAUCACCAAAUGGCAUCUCACCAGCAAAUGUGCAGGACAGCCCAAAUCCUGCCUCUUCCUUGCUGGUUUAGGAAGUCCUGCUGCAACAGAUCACUGUGGUUAAUUUAAUAAACUCUGAGCUGAAGAUUCAGUAGGUGAGAGACAAGGGAUCAGCACCUUCUCCGUGUCCCUGGAGCUAAGGGAAUGGUGAAUCUAUGGGACAGGCUGGAGAAUAUGCUGCUAUGCAAGGUUGGGCUGGCAUCACAGUCUCCACUGAACAUGAGAUUGCAGCAAGGAUCAAUUCAGGAUGUGUUUCUUCAUUUCUAAUAGCAAACAUCUGAAAGGGUUUUAGAAGAACCCUUUUCAGAAGGGUGAAUGGGAAUGUUAGGGGCACUGGUAGUUUGAGGUGCAUUUUUUUGAGCUUUGGGAAUGCUGGAGUCACUAAAAUUCAGGGUUUGUCUCUUGUGAAGUGUGGCUUAACUUUGAGAUGAACACUUUUAUGCAUUUAAAGUAUUAAAAGUCUUCAAAUCUUAUCAGCCUGCAUCCUGUAGUUGAUACUGUACUGCUGCCUCUCAAACACUGUAGGAAUUAUAGGUCUUUUAGCCCAACUCACCUUGACAAUGUCUUUUUGAACUGAUGAAUUGAUCUCUCAAGGAUGUGAGCUGCCAGUCUGCAUUUUUCUGUCCCCAUCUCUAGAUUACUAUUGAAAUGCUCACAGUAUAUAUGAAUACACUACCCAGUCAUCUUAAAAAUGACUAUGCCAGGUUGUUUUCUCUCCUGUCCCUCCUCUCAAAAAGAAACAAAUGAAAAAAGGAAAAGAAAAAAAAAAAAGAAAAAGAAAAAAAGAAGGAAAAACUUAAAAAAAAAGAAAAUCAAGAAACCCAGCUUCCUAGUCUGUGAAGAAAAUCAGGGUAAUUUAUAUCUGCCUCAUCAAAUGAGAAAUUAAAACUUCAAUUGCAACUUAAAUGAAGAGAAAUCAGCUUAGAUGCUGCAGUAACAAUCUCUAACUGGAUUUUUGGGCCACUGCUGGGUUCAUAUCUCCCUGGUGUGAGAUAGUCUGUCGGUUCACAGCCCUCUGCAUUAGACUUAAUAUGCUUUAUUUCUGAUUGAGAACAUGAAAGGUUUUUUUAGUUUUAGUUUCAUGCCUGUAGUUAAUUCCACUUAACCAUCCCAACCACCCAUCCCACCAUGAAGAUGCAUCCUAAGAGAUCAUGUGUCCACAAAACCCAUUCUGCAGCCAGCCACAGGGUGUGUGUGUGUGUGUGUGUGUGUGUGUUUUCUGCAGUGGGCUGUUAGUGACUGUCACUACAAUAUUUUCUGUUCUUUCAUCUGGUCUUCUCACCUAAUAAAACCAGAAAUGGUGGCCCCAGGAAGAAUUUUCUUUAUAAGCAAGGAAUCAUUUUUUCCUAGUAUCAAUGGAAUAUGAUUUUCUUGGGCAGUUCUUUGUAAUUCCCCCUUUCAAUAUUACCUUGAGUCCAGGGGCUGGACCAGGGGAUUUUUGAAGUUCCCUUCCAAUCCAAACCAUUCUGUGAUUCUAUGAAUACGCCUUAAGUACAUACUGAUAUUCUAUCUCCUCUAAAGCACUUGAGCUACUGAUAGUCCCAUCAAACUCAGUGCUGUCAAAAGAUAGUCAUUGCCAAGAGGACUAAAAACUCAUUGCUUUUUUCUUGGGUUUUUUUCCCCUUUUUUUGCUUUAGAAGUGAUGUAAUAGCAAAGACCUGUUGAAACAUUUCUUUGGGAUGGCAUUGCAAAACAACCCCACAUGUGCACAGAGGGAUAAUGUGCACGUGCAAGUUGUCAGUCACAGGUGCACAUGGAGCACACCCCCCCCUGGUUGGAGUUGAGAUACUCUGUGAUUAGUUAACCUGCAGUUUCCUAAUAGUGCACAGUGUUGAAUAGGUAGCAACCAUUAAGUGAUGAAGGUUGUCACUAUGCCUGUAUCUGCAGGGCUUGUGGGUACCUGGUUCUGUGAAAUAGUGUGUGUGCACGGUCAGUUUCCCACUCUGUAGAAGUGCUGCUUGGCCACAGAUAACAUCAUUUAAAAGGCUGCCUUGGGUAUAUGUGAACAUCUGCAGCUCCCAGCUCUGGCAAUGCUUAGAUGGAAGGGUAAGAUCCUGUGCAGUCUUCAUAUUAAUGGGCAAUCCAGAGACUUACUGGGUUUUGUACCCUCUCCAGAUACCAGUCUGAUAAUUUCCAUAUGAACAAACAGGGAACUGUUCAGCAUUACAGUGGGAACAGCUGGCCAUACCUUCCCUGCUCAUGACUUAACUUAAUGUAAGGUCCAGCUUACUGUGAGUCAGGAAUUGAAAUAAGUAUGUUGUUCAUCACCUCUGAAGAUAGUAGAAUUAAGCCAACUUGAAGGGCAUAUUUGGAAGUUACUUACUCUCUGCUGUUUCUCAAUGAAGCAAUGUGAUCUCUUGUGGCCUUAGUUUAGGAAACUGAAUAUAGCAUCCCAGUUCUGCCAGUGUGCUAUCCCAAACCUGCUAAACUUACUGUACAACUGGAAGAGUUAAGUUCUUGUGAAGUUUUCUCACAGAAUUUCAUGGGGGGUUUUUUGUUUUGUUUUUUUUUAAUUAUCAUCUCAUGCUAAUGUCAUGUAAGAAACAUUUUACAGCAUUUAAGAAACAUACUUGUUUUGGGUUUGGUUAGUAGCCUUUCAUUGAAUAUUAUUUGUGAUGCAUUGUGGACACAGCUGCAGUGUGCUGAGAAAGGUUAAACUGGGAAAACAGUAAGUUUCUUAAGAGCUGCCUGUGGGGUGAGUUGUGCUUUUACUUCUGUCAAGACAGAUAUCAUCUCUCCUUACAAAGUCCUAUGUAAGUCCUCAGUCUGUUUGCUGCCCUUUCCCUGUUGCAAUUUGGAAAUCCUUUCUCAUCCAUGUAGUUCAGCUGUCCUGCUGCUCAGAGGAGGUUACUGGAAGUCUCCUUUGUAAAAGUUUUAUGCUGAAAUUAGACACCUUUGAAGUGAAAUCCCUUUGUGCAAGCCAUGCUCCUCCUGGUUGGGUCAUAUUGAUGGAUGGAGAAGGGUUAAGUUCUGAGAAGGAGGAGCAGUGGUAUAAGUGUGAUUUCUCCAGUGUUUGCCAGGGAUGUGUUUAGCAAAAUUGGAAGAAAAGGCAGGGAUAAGCCUGUGGUACUUCUUUCCAGCUGUGGGGAAGUCAAGUUUGGAGCCCAUAGCUUAUGAGCACCUACACUGAAAUUAAUGGCAUGAACCUGUUACAACAAGUGAUACAAGUGUUACAACCCCCAAAACAGUAAAACCAUGAAGUUUAUCUUGGAAUGACUUUUCUUGUCUCUUCCUGACUGAGGAGGAGAUCUUGGCUUCUUUGGGCCAUAGCCUUGUAGAGCAAACUCAAUGGAAUCCAUCUUUCUCCUACUCCAUGAUUCAUUGCUUUCCUUUGGAAUGCAUUUGUACAGGAGGAUGUCCACAUCCUGGAAGUUACCUAUGACAGUAAAAAAUAUCAGUCAGUGAUGGUGAUGAUGCAAUAAAACACAUGCAGGAAACAAGGAAACCAGCUAAUCUGUCUUGAAACACCAGUCAUUUUUCCAUGUCACAGAGACACUUUGGGAUGGCCUCACAGCCACCUUUCCCAUUUAUUUAGCCCAAGAUCAUGGUCUAGUUUGUGUCCUUGCCAAGCUUUUUGGCCCUAUCAGCAUAGACUUCAGGGUAGAUGGAUUAACAAGGGCUGGUGUUGACAAUGUGUGGUAUGGCUUUAUCCCAUUGCUAUAUAAUGAAGAACUGGAGAGAGCAACUGAGCACUGUGACAGUCAGACAAUUUGUUGCCUUUCUCUGCUUGUGCAGAAGCACCUUGGUCGCUGUGGGUUUCAGGACUGCUCUGGAUAGUGAGUUUUGCCUUGUGAUUCCUCCCACACACCUCUUUUGUGCUUAAUAAGGAAGAAAAAAGAAAAAAAA